UGGAACCCUGAAGGAGAGACCGCGCGGUCGAGCCGAGAGUCGACAGACACUCCGCCUUCCAGAGUCGCGGAGACCGUUGCCCGAGUGAGGACUAGGACCGAUUUGACCUCAGCGAAGCUAACGCCACCCCAAAGUUGUCUCAGCAGCCAUCCACCGGCUGUCAACCUCUGAAUUAUUCAACUAGUUUGGUUAAUAAAUUAACAGGUCAAAAUGAAGCUACUGAGACCAAACGAGCAACAGUUGGAGAAGAUAAUGUCUGAGAUGAGCCAAAACACUUUGGAACAGCUCAAGACAGAUGCUCGUGUCUUGAAGCUUUGGUUGAAUCAACAGCCGCAUCUACCGCACUAUAUGGACGAGGACACAUUGACUUCGUUCCUGUGUGGUUGCAAGGGGAGCGUAGAGCGCGCUAAGGCCAAACUGGAUGCCUACCUGACUGCCCGCUCCGAGGUGCCCGAGCUCUAUGGUGACAGGGAUCCCUGUGGUCCCGAAAUCAGGAACGGAUCUAAAGUUAUCAAAUUCUUCCCGCUGCCGAGCCUGACAAAAGAGGGCUACCGUGUGGACGUAGCAAUGCUGACUCCCAACCACAAUCUGGCCGACUUCUCGUUCGCCAGCUUCUGCAAGCGAGUGCUUGCAACGAGUGACAUGCGGCUGCAGUACGAGUCAGUGUGGGGCGGCGAGGUUGUCAUCUUCGACGUCAAGGGACUCACACUGUCGCAUCUCACCAAAGUCAUGCCCUCUAUGAUCAAGAAGUUCGUCUAUUGCGGCCAGGAUGCCAUUCCUAGUAGACCUAAGGGACUGUACUUUAUCAACGUACCACAUUUCCAAGAACUGUUAGUCAAUAUGUUCAAGCCUCUAUUGAAAGAGAAGAUUGCAAAGAGGUUGCACGUUUUCUCCGGUGACCACACAGAACUAUACAAGCACAUCGACAGAGAGAUCCUGCCACAGGAGUAUGGCGGCCAGGCUGAUACCAUUGACAACCUAAAUAGGAACUGGCAGAAACUUCUUGAGGACAACCGAGACUGGUUUCUGAAUGAAGGAUCACAAAAAACAGAAGAAAAGAAGAGACCCGCAAAAAGUUACUACAAACCCACACAGCUCUUCGGAGUUGAUGGCACAUUCAAAAAACUCUCCAUUGAUUAGUAUAAGACUACUUACUUUAUAAUAAACAAAUUUAAUCAAUAUUGUCAAUAAACUUUUUUUAUGUAAAUACAAAAUUUAUCUGUAUAGUUCUAUGUUUUCUAUAAGGAGAUUGGUGAAUAAAUGACUGACCUAUC